AUGUUAAUAUCUGUAAUACUCAUACCUGUAUUUCUUAUUCGAGCACGUAAUGUAAUAAAUAUACGUUUAGCAGCACAAGUUCUCAAUCCUAUAUUGAAUUUAUUUGGUAUUAAAUAUCGUAUUGAAAAUGCCAAAGUCUUAGAUAAAGAAGAAUCUUGUGUUAUUGUUGCUAAUCAUCAAUCAUCAAUUGAUUUCAUUGGCAUGAUGAGACUUUGGCCAGAACAUAUACGAUAUUGUACAAUUUUAGCAAAAAAAGAAUUAAUUUGGGCAUUACCAUUUGGUUUUGCAGCAUGGUUAACUGGUUUAGAAUUUGUUGAUAGAAAAAAUCGUGAACGUUCAAGUGAAACCAUGCGUCAAGUAACAAAAAAAGUUCAAGAUAAAUCAUUAAGAUUAUGGGUUUUCCCUGAAGGAACACGAAAUAUGGCUGAUACAUUUCUUCCAUUUAAAUUCGGAGCUUUUCGUCUUGCAAUUGAAGCACAAGUUCCUAUUGUACCAGUCGUUUUCUCAUCAUAUAAACCAAUUUAUAAUGUUGAUAAAACAAGUAAAAAUUAUUAUUGGCGUGAAGGUUGUGUUACAAUAAAAUGUCUCGAACCAAUUAAUACAAAAGGUAUGACAGUUGAAAAAGAUCUACAACAAUUAACUGAAAUGACUCGACAACGAAUGAUUGAAGCAUAUCAAACGAUUCAUACAACUACUAGUCAAAACAAAAAGAAUAAUUAA